GCUCGUGCUUGGAGUUUGUGCCCUUUUUGUUUUGGUUUUUUGGAGAUUUUUGAAGAAAUCUUUGACUGAAGGCUGUUUUGGGAUUUUAUUGUGAAGGAUCAAUAUCCAUUAUUUUUUUAAAAAACUUUUGGAAAGAGCCAAUGGGAGCUAAGUUUACCAUCUGCUGCUGUCGCUACCUGAAACACAACCAAGAAGAGAGGAAUGCUAUUUUGCGGAUGCACAGCACUCCCAGACCACUUGAGCAGCUAUCCAGUGGGUCUAGUGACAGUGAGACAGAAGAGAAGAACAUAUUCGGACCACCACCUUCAAGAACGAGUCAGUGGAAAAACCAGCAAAGCCAGAGGAGCACCGCUGAUCAGCGGGCCAUCGCAGACAGAGCUGAAAACACUCCCAUCAGUCAGGGACUGGAUCGAGAGUUACAGGCUUUCAUCAGCAUGAGAGACCAGACUGACGAGGCUACGGAGGAAUGGGAGAAGUUGAAUUAUGACAUACAUACCUUGCGCUAUGCCAGACGAGAGGUCAGAGCUCGGUGGAAGAAAAUCCUGCUUCAGCUCGGUUACCAGUGUGAGGUGGACGCCUUGCUGUGUGUGAACAAACAGAGCCAAUUCAGUCGAGAUGAAGAACAUCUUAACAAAGCGACUGAACUGUUGAUGCAGCUGCUGGACCACACCUCUCUGUUCCCUCCUGGAACAGGACACCAGAAUCGAUACCUCUGUAUCAUGGACCGCCUGGUGUUGCUGGACAGCGCUGAGGACUUUGUCAGACUGGCCAAGGAAAAAUACCCCAAGAAAGAAGGCUGA